AUGAAGUCGGUGUUAUCGAUACAGUCACACGUAUCACACGGAUAUGUGGGCGGGAGAGCGGCUAUUUUUCCCUUACAAUGUCAGGGCUGGGAGGUCGAUAGUAUCAACACAGUGAACUUUUCGAAUCAUACUGGAUAUGGUUCAGUAAGAGGGUCAAGUAUUAAUGAAGGUGAUUUGGUCGAUAUUUUUAAAGGCUUGAAUGAUAUUCAAGUCUCAUACGAUGCGGUAAUCACAGGAUAUAUUCCAAAUGCAUCGUUAAUCGCAGUAAUAAAUGAAAAUAUCAAGUCCUUAAAAUUGAACAAUAAUAAUCUAAUGUACCUAUUGGAUCCAGUUAUGGGGGACCAAGGAUUUUUAUAUGUUGACGAAUCAUGUAUUGAUGAAUACAAGAAGAUAUUAGAGGAUCGUAUAGUAGAUAUUAUAACUCCAAAUCAAUUUGAAUUGGAGUUGUUAGUAGGUUUUAAAGUUAAAACUGAAAGCGAUUUAAAAGAUGCAAUCAACCAUUUACAUUCAAAAUUCAACAUUAAGUAUGUGGUAAUAUCGAGCUUGACAGAUAUUAAGAAGAGCUCCGAGGAUUUGAUAUAUUGUGCUAUCUCUACCAUAGAUGACAACAAAAUACAAAUAUUCAGUAUUCCUGUCAUAAAUUCAUAUUUCACAGGAGUCGGUGAUUUAUUUAGUGCAUUGUUGCUAGACAAGCUUUAUGAAAAUUUACAAUCUAAUGAAGUAAAAACCCCGAAUUUAUCAAAAGCCGUUAGUCAAGUUCUUACCAUAAUGCUGAAGACUUUAAGCUUAACCCAUAAAUUAGGAAUCGAAUCAUACUGCAAAGAUAAGAAUUUGACGACAUUAAAUGGGGAAAUGCCUGUAAGCAAGGUCAAUGAUGAUGUAAUGAAAUAUUUUGAAUUGAGAAUUAUUCAAUCCAAGGAUUUCUUUGCUUAUGAUGGAAUAGGUGAGUUUAAACCUGAGUACUUAUAA